UAGGUUCAUACCUAAAUAGAAAAAGGUAAUAAAUUUCUAAACCGAUCUAACAAUAAUGACUACAUCAUACUAUUUGUUGCGAAUGUUAAAAAACAAAAAACCAAACGUACAUAAUUACUAUUUGGAUUUGCCGAAAAAAUCUAUAAAAACAAAAGUUGACCUACAUACAAAAUGCAGAGUUUGCCUUGAAAAUGGUACAAUAUCUAUAUAUAAUGAAAAUUCUGACGCUGUUGCGGCUUUGCAAUAUUUUGGUGAUAUUGUAAUUAAUGACGAUGAUGAAUAUCCAAAAUUACUAUGUGAUACUUGUUUUGAAUUUAUUAAAGCUGCUAUGUUGUUCAGAAGUACAGCCAAACGUUCGGACGAAUUACUACGAAAACAAGUUAAAGAAGAAACUGAUGUAGCAGAAAUCUUGGAUAGUACUUUAGAUUCCGAUUUCGAUAACACUGACUGUAUAACAUAUGAUAAUCCAGCUACUCAGAAAUGGUUAAAUGAAUCUAAACUUGAAGAUGAAAGUGUUAAAAUAGAGGAAAAGAAAGAGAAAAGUAAACAUACACUUAAAGUUACGUGUCAUAUCUGUCACAAGAUUAUAAAUCGGUCAUAUUAUAAAGAGCAUAUUACAAUGCAUGAUCCAGAUCACAAGAAAUAUGUUUGUGAUGUUUGUGGGAAGUCAUUUAGAUUACGUUGUGCAUAUCACAAUCAUAGCUUAAGGCACAGGAAUGAUUUUCCAUAUAAAUGUACAUUUUGUCCAUAUAAAGGACGUUAUGCAGAAUUGUUAAAAACACAUAUGAGGACACACACUGGAGAUUAUCGAUACAUGUGUACUGAAUGUCCUGCCAGAUUUUUAUUUAAAAGCAACCUUAAUAGUCACAUGUUAAAACAUAAAGAGCCACAGUAUAAAUGUGAUGCCUGUAAAAGGGGCUUUCAUACAAAGCUCAUGUUGCAGAGACAUUUUGAAGCUGACCAUUUAGGAAUAAAGAAUCAUGUUUGCAAUAUGUGUGGUAAGGCAUUUGGAUAUAGAAAUGCAAUGAUGAAACAUCAAAGACAUGUGCAUAAAAGAGAAAAGUUGCUCUUUGGCAGAAUGCCCUCAUAUUUAGAAGCAGAAAAUAAAAAACAAGAUGGUAAUCAUUUUAUGUCUGUUAGAUCACCACUAAACCAAGUAUCCCCUUGAGGUAAUAAUACUAAUCCCAUAAAUAAUACAAAUUAUUUAUGGGACACCUGUAAGUGAACGGUUAUUGACGAUGGUUGACGAUCAGUUACUAUCAGAAAAAUAAGGUCAUACAUAUUACAUGGUUCCAUUAUGUAGUUUAAUAUUAAUAUAUUAAAAAUAUUGAGUAGUGAGAUUGCUGUAU